CAUAUCCUGGUUCGGAGCUGUCCUAGACAGCUAGCUAGCUCUUAUACGACAGGCCCUAGUAAUGGUAUUAUUCUACAAUCACCUUGAUCAUAUGACGUAUGGAGGAAUCUUGAAAUCAAGCUACACACUCUUUUCCAACCGUCGGCCGUGCACUUUACAAGAUGGCAGAUAACGGCGUCGACCUAAGUCAGCUCUCCGCCGAGCAGCAGUCUGCUCUGGAACAAUACACACAAGUUACGGCACAGGAUAUUAAGGAUGCGGUGCCCUUACUGGAAAGAUCACAAUGGAAUGUCCAAAUAGCAAUAUCCAAAUUCUUCGAUGGCGAAGGCCCCGAUCCUGUGGCCGAAGCCAUCGAGGCACAAAACCAUAUUCCGCGGCAGGCGGCAAGGCACGAGAAUCUACAAGAAAGCUUCAUGGCGUCCUCGCGGCCUGGCGGACGUGCGUUGCCACGAGCUAGGCCAGAUCCUGCCCCGAGAAUCGUACCGCAGCCUCAGACAACCCACCGCACGCCAUUCCUCUUCUCUAUAAUAUUCUCGCCCUUCACCCUCGGGUUCAGAGCCGUUUCGACGCUCUUCCGCACAUUCCUAUACAUAUUCGCAUUCCUGCCAGCGUCCGUACGGCCACGGGCGAUAACGACAAGCAUGACAAGCGGAUGGAAAGGCACGAUGGGGCGGCGCAUGCUCAUGCCGCGGGACACCGCCGCCCGGUUCAAGCGCGAGUUCGAGGAGGAGUACGGCAACACUAGCCUGCCCUGGCACGAGGGCGGCUUCGCCCAAGCCCUCGACCUUGCCAAAUCAGAACUCAAAUUCCUGCUCAUCGUGCUCAUGUCGCCCGAGCACGACGACACGGAAUCCUACACGCGGGAGACCCUCCUCUCGCCGGAAACCGUAAACUUCAUCAACGACCCCGCCAACAACAUCGUUUUAUGGGGCGGCAACGUCCUCGACUCCGAGGCCUACCAAGUCGCCGCCGAGUACAACUGCACCAAGUUCCCCUUCUCGUGCCUCGUGUGCCUGACCCCUAAAGAGGGCAGCACCCGCAUGAGCAUCGUGAAGCGCCUCGUCGGCCCCAUGUCCCCGCAGACCUACCUGGCCGAGAUCCAGACCGCCAUCAACAAGUACGCCCCGGACCUGGCCAGCGUGCGCGCCGACCGCGCCGCCCAAGAUCUCGCACGCAACCUGCGCACCGAGCAGGACGACGCGUACGAGCGCUCGCUCGCCCGCGACAGGGAGCGCGCCCGCCAGCGCAAGGAAGCCGAGGCCGCAGCCAAGCUCGCCGAGCAGCGCGCGAGGGAGCAAGCCCAGGCCGCCGAGCGCCUAGCCCAGAAACGCGAGCAGUGGCGGCGCUGGCGCGCGACCACCAUUGCGCCCGAACCAGACUCCACCGCAAACCCCAAGGACGUCGUGCGGCUGGCGCUGAAGAUGCCGGAUAACGCGGGGGGCAGGGUGGUGCGCCGGUUCGCGGCCUCGACGACGGUGGAGGAGCUGUACGCGUUCGUCGAGUGCUACGAGCUGCUGGCGGACCCGGACGAGGAGGUCAACCGCGAGAAGGAGAGCGGCGAGGAGUCGGACCGCGAGCGCCCCGAGGACUACACCCACGAGUACAAGUUCCGGAUCGCGGCGCCGAUGCCGCGCGUCGUGUACGAGCCGGACGAGACUGCUACGCUCGGAAGUACCAUCGGGAGGUCUGGUAAUCUUAUAGUGGAAACCGUGAUCCCCGAUGAUGACGACGAGGAUGAGGAUGAGGAUGAGGAAUCUGACAGUGGGCAGGAUGUCGAGUAGAUAGGGCGAUCUACCCUCCUAAGCUAUUUUUUUGCGCGGUAGAUCAUUGUAAGAAUCGUGUAAUGAAGCAAAU